AUGGGGGAAGGGGGCACAAACAUUCAGCCCAUCACAGGUGGAAGGAAGGAAGACUGGGCCACAGCUUGGACCUUGUGUGCCUUGAGAGAAACUUGUAUGCAAUCCUGUGGACUGUGGGGAGCCAAGCUGGGGAGUGAUAUGAUCAGGUUAGCUUUUCAAUCUGUCAGCUUGAGCUGGAACCUACAAAUUUUUAAAUUUAUGAAGUACUUCAGAAGACCAGCCAGUCACACAAUGAGCACUCACAUACCCACAUCUGAGCUUGAAAAAUAUAUCACAGACAAAGUCCUCGGUGUUCCCUUCCUACUGCUAUCUUCAGCUUAG